AUGGCUUGGAAAGGUAACUUGGAUAGGCUUGCUAUUAGAGUUAAUUUAAGAAGAAGGAAAGUGGAUAUUACUUUGGUCAUGUGCCCUUUCUGCGAUGAGUACGAGGAGUCAGUGGAUCAUUUAUUCACUGCUUGUACGGUGGCUAUUAGGGUGUGGGUGGCUGUCAUCUCAUGGAGCAACAUUCCUCCGAUCUUUGCUUUUGAAUACAAAGAUUUAAUGGAUAUUCAAAACUCUAUUCAAGUUGGAAAGAAAGCGAAAAAGAUUAUCCUGGGGCUGGUUAUAAUUUCGGGUUGGUGUGUUUGGAAAGGUAGAAACGAGUUGGUCUUCAAUCAGAUCAAGAGAAGUUCGCAAGAUAUUAUGGUUGAGAUUAAGUCGAGAGGUUAUGGGUGGGUUAAAAGUAGAUCUUCAGGUAAAUAUAUUAGUUGGAAGGAGUGGUGUAAAUAUCCUAUGUAUAUGCUGUAA